AUGUCAUUAAAAGAUUUCCAAAUAAUAUGUAAACUAGGAGAAGGUGCAUUUGCUUAAGUAUAUAAAGUCCAUAGAUAUUCUGACAAAAAAUACUACGCCAUGAAAACUAUAAAAUUCAACCGUUUAACCCUGAAAGAAAAAGAAAAUGUUCUCACAGAGAUUCAUUUUCUCGCCUGUCUAAAAAGUCCAUAUAUAGUUGAAUACAAAGAUUCUUUUAUAGAUGAGAAAUCGUCUACUUUAUAUAUAAUAAUGGAAUAUUGUCCUGGAGGUGAUUUUUUGUCGAAAAUUCGAGGACUAAAACCUUAAUAAUAUAUCGAUGAAAUUUAAAUAUGGAAAUAUGCUAUAUAAUUAAUAUAAGGUUUGAAAUAUUUACAUGAUCUUUCUAUUUCACAUAGAGAUUUUAAAUCUGCGAACAUAUUCCUUUCGAAAGACAAUUCCAUUGUAAAAGUCGGAGAUUUGGGAGUUUCUAAAAUUGCUGAAAAUGGACUUCUUUAAACUUAAACUGGAACUCCUUAUUAUUGUUCACCUGAAGUAUGGUCAAAUAAACCUUAUAAUUUUAAAAGCGAUAUUUGGUCCUUAGGAUGUGUUUUGUAUGAGAUGGCUUAAUAAACUACUCCUUUUAAAGGCUAGAAUAUGGAAAUUAUAUUCAAUAAAGUACAAAGUGGAGAAUAUUAGAGAUUAAAUGAAAGAUAUAGUUAAGAUCUAUAGAAGAUUAUUUGUAUGUGUUUAUAGGUAAAUCCUAAGAAUAGAUAUUCGGCAAAUUAAUUAAUGGAAACGGAAGAAAUUAAAUAAAGAAUUUAUUUAUUUUAAUAAUAAUAAUAGGUUAAAGAAGAAAAUAUUUUAGAAUAAAAAAGUUUACUUUUAAAAGAAUUUAAAGAUGUGGCGUCUUUAAAAGACUUGAAAAAAUUAAAGGCUUUUUUACCACCUUGUUAAUAUUAAAAUAAUCAGAUUUCUUGCUGUUUAUUGGGAAAUUAUGAUAAUCCAUAAUAGGAGGAAGUUAAAAGAUAUAACUCUAAUAAUAUAUAUAAGGAUUUGGUGUAAUCAAUUGAUUACAAUUAAUAAUAUUAGUUCAAUUUGUAAUAAUAAAUAUAGUUAUAUAAAAAGACAUAGCAAAAAUAAACUAAAUCCGAAUUUAAUUUAGAUAUAUAUUUAAUGAAACAAAAAUAUAAAAAAAUAAUUUAUCCUAAUUAAUAUAGUUAGUAGUAGUAGUAAUAUAAAUUACCACCUAUUUAAAAAAAAAUUAUUUGUGUUUAAAAAAAUAUAAUUAAUAAAUGA